AUAAUUUACCCCUCGGCCAUGUUGUGAAUGUGACGCUCAUCUAAAGUCAACGUCAAAAAACCAACAAAACAUUAUAAAAAGCAACAACCAAAAUCAAAUUUGAUACACUAGAAAUCCUCAUUAACAACAACAUAUUUUUAUACGUGCGAUAAAAUCCAGGAUCGUAAAUUUGCUUCAAGAUUUUGAUACAAAGUGAGGUUAUGUCCGAAUAUUAUUAAACAAACGGAGCAACAAUGAUACCCCCAGUGACACCCGGCCAGGCCGAAGAAAAGCACAACAUGGUCAGUUGGAAAAACACCUUCAGUAUGAGACAAAUAAGCUUGAUGAACUUGGCUGCUUCACAAUUAGGAGUAAAAAACGGCAGCCGAUCAAUAAUCCCCAAUUACAGACGAACGUACAGUAUUACAAGUCCCGCCAAAUCUUUAGACCUUCUCAGAAAGAAUCUUCAAAGUGCCAUUAACAAGGAUAUCGACAACGUUAUCAAAAAAUAUUUGGAGAAAUUUUUUCAACCUGCCAUUAACAAUAUAAAGAUUAAUUUGGGGAAGGAUAGCGUGAGUGAAGACCAUAUAAGAGAAGUGUGUAAGCAAAUGCUUGAGGAUGCUAAGUUAAUGUAUAAAAUCUCUCCUGGCUCUCGGGAUAGCUCCCCUUAUGAAUAUAGCGACUCUGAAGCCAGUACUACAGAUGGGAGGAGUGGGCAUACCAGCCCCCUUCACAGAAAAAGGAAAGAAUCAGAUACUGAGUCUGAAACAAAUGGAAAGCGCCACAAGACACAAUUUUGUUACAUGAUGGAUGGUGGGAAGUACAAAGCACCAAUAAAGAGGGAGGGAGUAAAGUGGAACCCUGAAAGAAUUACAGAAAAUACUUUAUUUAUAAUGGGGCCGCGCGCUAACAAAGUUUUAGGUUAUGGCCAAACCAGGGGGCGCCUUUACGCUCGUCACCCCGACCUAGUCCGCUAUUCUGGUGAUCAAGAAGACAAAGAGUGGUUAUUGACGCGGAAUUUGAUGCCACCUAGUGGCGGUAAAGCAUAUCUAAUGAUUUUAGAUGAUAUCAAAGAGUUAGCAGAGAGUGAUGAAUAUAAAAACAACCCUAAUUUACAGCUGCAUGAAUUGAAAGGAUUUCCAGCACCUCAUUUUCUACUCAACAAAAUAAGAUUAUUUUUACACAACUGUAAGACUGACAAGAAGCCUUUGAUGGGUUUGGAUUUGUUUGAUUUUCGGAGUCAGUCAAUAACGCCGCCUAAUACUACUAUAGAUUCUGGACCGUCCACACCUUCUGAUACUGUACAGAUGGAAAGCCAACCAGGAAGUACUAGCUCUAAGCAAUCAGAUAAUAACUUUGCUAAUAUACCAGAGAUGAGUCCAAACUCCAACCACUCAAUUAUUUCAACUCAAAGUCCUAUUCAAAAUUCAGGGUUGCUCUCUCCUAACAUGCUAAUGGCGCUCGCGAACAACGCAGAUGGGAACGGGGCUGUUAUGAUUCUUAAGGAGAAUACUCAGAAUGACAGCAGUUUGUCUAGUAUUCUGGCAAGCCACAUAAACAGUGAUAAUUCGCAGGAUUUUUAGCCCCGUUUUAAAUGUUAGAUAUUUAUUUUUGUAUUUGCUUUUAAUUUAUUUUGUUGAAUGCAUGUAAUGUGUUUUACAAUAAAGAGCAAAUGAAGUUGUCUUUCUAA